ACUACCACAACCCAAUUUGGUUAGCCACAUUUGCGUCGUUCUCAACCACAAGCACAUCCGCCGCCAAAUCACCCUCCAGUCGUUUUCUACUUUGCUCCUUUUCAGCAACACCAGCAGCCAUGGCCGACUACGAACAGCACAGCAGCAACGGCAACAGCUACGAGGACUCGACGCCCGACGACGCCUCCUCCUCGAACACCACCGUCAACAGCACGGCAGACAGCAGUCUGGGCACGGACGUCGCCGAUGACAUUCCCGAAAUUGAACUCAUCAUCAGGGCUUCAACAAUCGAUGGCCGUCGAAAGGGCGCCUGUCUCUUCUGUCAGGAGUACUUCAUGGACCUCUACCUGCUGGCGGAGUUGAAAACCAUCUCGUUGAAGGUGACCACCGUAGACAUGCUCAAGCCGCCGCCGGAUUUCCGCUCAAAAUUCGACUCAACGCCGCCGCCCAUUUUGAUUGAUCGAGGCGAGGCGGUCCUUGAAAAUGACAAAAUUGAGCGCUACAUCAUGAAAAGCAUUCCAGGUGGACACAACCUCUUUGUCUCCGACAAGGAAACUUCAGUGGUCAUUGAGGACAUCUACACUAAAUUCAAGCUGAUGCUUGCUAAGAAGGACGUCAACUCGACUUCGAUGACGGCGUUCAUGAACCGCCUGCGAAAGAUUGACCAGCAUCUUGCCAAACGAGACACUCGCUUUCUCACCGGCGACACUCUGUGCUGCUUUGACUGCGAGCUGAUGACUCGACUUCAGCACAUUCGAGUAGCUGGCAAGUAUUUUGUGGAUUUUGAAAUUCCCGAAGACUUUGCACACCUGUGGCGCUACAUGUACCACAUGUACAACCUGGAUGCCUUCAAGCAGUCCUGUCCAGCAGAUCAGGACAUUAUUAAUCAUUACAAGUUGCAACAGCGCACCAAGAUGAGCAAACACGAGGAGCUGGAGAUGCCGACGUACAUGACCUCAAUUCCCGAGUCGGUGAUUGCUCAGUUUGAACUGGAGUACAUUGAAUAG